AUGCGCCGCUCGCUUGCUAGGACCGACCAGGAGCUUGCCAUCAACAUUCGCAAGGCCACCAACAGCGAGGAGAUAUCGCCGAAGCGCAAGCACGUCCGUGCUUGUAUCGUGUACACAUGGGACCACAAGUCGUCGCAGGCCUUCUGGGCCGGUGUUAAAGUGCAGCCCAUCAUGGCCGACGAGGUGCAAACGUUCAAGGCCCUCAUCACGAUUCACAGGGUGCUUCAGGAAGGCCAUGUUGUCGCCCUUAGAGAAGCCAUGGCCCACCGUAGUUGGAUCGACAGCCUAAGGCGCGGCAUUAACGGCGAGGGCGUCCGCGGCUACGGCCCUCUGAUUCACGAAUACGUCUACUACAUCCUCGCGAAGCUCUCGUUUCACGAUGCGCACAAGGAAUUCAACGGAACGUUCGAGUACGAGGAAUACAUAAGCCUGAAGGCCAUCAACGACCCCAACGAGGGAUACGAGACGAUCACCGACCUCAUGGCUCUGCAGGACAAGAUAGAGCAGUUCCAGAAGUUGAUCUUCUCGCACUUCAGGCACGUUGGAAACAACGAAUGCAGGAUCUCGUCUUUGGUGCCGCUAGUACAGGAGAGCUACGGCAUCUACAAGUUCAUCACUAGCAUGUUGCGUGCUCUACACUCUAUCACCGGAGAUGACGGGGCUCUGGAGCCUCUGCGCGAGCGGUACGGUGCGCAGCACUACCGACUCGUCAGGUUCUACUAUGAAUGCUCCAACCUCCGAUACCUCACCAGCCUGAUCAACAUCCCGAAGCUCCCGCACGACCCUCCGAACCUGCUGGCCGAAGACGACAAGGCGCCCGCACUCCCUGCGCGACCCAAGCAGGAGAUAGAGCGACGCCCCAGCCCCACGCCGGAGCCGAAGACGGACGAGCCCGGUGAGAUCUCCGAGUUCUGGAAGAACGAGCUUGACAGACAGAACAAGGAAUACGAGGAGCAGCAGCGGGUGAUGGAGGAGCGGCAGAAGGCCGCAAUUCUCGCCCAGCAGCAAGCGCAGCUGCAGGCUCAACGUGACUUUGAGGAGCAGCAGCGCCAGCUGGCGGAGCAGCAGAGGAAGGAGCAGGAGGCACUGCUGUCGCAGCAGGCGCAGUGGCAGACUCAAGGCCGCCUCGCGGAGCUGGAGCAGGAGAACUUCAACGCGCGGUCUCAGUACGAGCGGGACCAGCUGAUGCUGCAGCAGUACGACCAGCGGGUCAAGGCGCUGGAGGGCGAGCUGUCGCAGAUCCAGAACAGCUUGGGUCAGCAGAUGGGGAGCAAGGACGAGCAGAUCCAGGCGCUGCAGGAGCAGGUCAACACGUGGCGGAGCAAGUACGAGUCGCUGGCGAAGCUGUACUCGCAGCUCCGGACGGAGCACCUGGACCUCCUGCAGAAGUUCAAGGCGGUCCAGCUCAAGGCGGCGAGCGCGCAGGAGGCGAUCGACAAGCGCGAGAAGCUGGAGCGCGAGAUCAAGACCAAGAACCUGGAGCUGGCGGACAUGAUCCGCGAGAGGGACCGUGCCCUGCACGAGAAGGACCGGACGAGCGGCAGCAGCAAGGACGAGCUGGAGAAGCUGCAGCGCGAGCUCCGGAUGGCGCUUGACCGGGCGGACAACCUGGAGCGCAGCAAGGGCAACGAGCUGUCGACGAUGCUGGCCAAGUACAACCGCGAGAUGGCAGACCUGGAGGAGGCCCUGCGCAUCAAGUCCAAGGCUCUCGAGGAGGCACACUACAAGGCGCGCGACGGCAGCGCGGACCUGGAGCAGCUCCUGCGCGAGAAGGAGGAGGAGCUCGAGGUGUACAAGGCUGGCAUGGACCAGACGCUUAUCGAGCUCGAGGAGCUGAAGAACAACCAGGGCGUCACGGACAGCGCGCUCGACGGACAGAUUGACGCGCUCAUCUUGUCCAACCUGGACAAGAUCAACGACAUGAUCGACUCUGUGCUGCAGUCGGGUAUCGCGCGGGUUGACGACGGGCUCUACGAGAUGGACUCUACGAUGCAGGCUGGUAACCAGAACGCGUCGCCGUCGUACGUGCUGUCCCAGAUCGAGAAGGCCUCGUCGUCGGCCAUGGAGUUUGCGACGGCGUUCAACAACUUCAUCGCCGACGGCCCCAACAGCUCGCACGGAGAGCUGAUCAGGGCGGUCAACGUCUUCUCCGGCUCGGUGGCGGACGUGUGCAGCAACACCAAGGGCCUGAGCCGGCUGGCGACGGACGACAAGAAGAUGGACUCGAUGAUGGGCGGGGCGCGGCAGUCUGCGCUGGCGACGAUCCAGUUCUUCCGCAGCCUGCAGAGCUUCCGGCUGGAGGGCAUGGAGGCGCUCCAGAAGACGGACGUGGUCAUCAACAGCAACAACGACGUGCAGAUGAACCUGCAGAAGCUCAACAAGCUGGUCGAGGCGUUCGCGCCCGGGUUCGGCAAGCUGGCCAACAACAAGGGCGACCUGGGCGACCUGGUGGACAGCGAGCUGACCAAGGCGGCCGACGCCAUCGCGGCGGCGGCGGAACGCCUGGCGAAGCUGCGCAACAAGCCGCGCGACGGCUACUCGACGUACGAGGUCAAGGUGCACGACUCGAUCCUGGACGCGGCGCUGGCCAUCACGAGCGCGAUCGCGGAGCUGAUCAAGGCGGCGACGGCGACGCAGUCGGAGAUUGUGCAGGCCGGACGGGGCUCGUCGUCCCGCACGGCCUUUUACAAGAAGAACAACCGGUGGACCGAGGGGCUCAUCUCGGCGGCCAAGGCGGUGGCGACGUCGACCAACACGCUGAUCGAGACGGCCGACGGCGUCCUGUCCGGGCGCAACAGCCCGGAGCAGCUCAUCGUCGCGUCCAACGACGUGGCGGCGUCGACGGCCCAGCUGGUGGCGGCGUCGCGCGUCAAGGCGGGCUUCAUGUCCAAGAGCCAGGAGAGGCUGGAGCAGGCGUCCAAGGCGGUCGGCGCCGCCUGCAGGGCCCUGGUCAGGCAGGUGCAGAGCAUGAUCAGGGAGCGCAACCAGGACGACGAGCAGGUCGAUUACUCCAAGCUCGGAGCGCAUGAGUUUAAGGUGCGAGAGAUGGAGCAGCAGGUGGAGAUUCUACAGUUGGAGAAUGCCCUUGCUUCAGCUCGACACCGACUAGGAGAGAUGCGCAAGAUCUCAUACCAGGAGGAUUAG